AUGGAUAAAUUCGUCAUUCGAACACCCAGAAUCCAGAAUAGUCCUCAGAAGAAAGAUCCUGGAGGAAAGAUUUACAAGCAGGCCACCAUUGAAUCUCUGAAGAGAGUUGUGGUUAUAGAAGACAUAAAAAGAUGGAAAACUAUGUUGGAGCUUCCUGAUCAAAGCAAAGAGAAUCUAGUUAAAGUCUUAAGAGAAUUAAAGAAGAAAAUACCUUCCAGAGAAGUGUUAAAGUCAACAAAGAUAGAUCAUGCUGUGAACAAGAUGCGUCAGCACUCAGAUUCAGAAGUGGCUUGUCUUGCCAGAGAAGUUUACACUGAGUGGAGAACUUUCAUAGAAAAACAUGUCAAUAGACCUUCCAUAGAAGUCCGAAGUGAUGCCAAAACUGAAUCAUUUAGGAAAAAUGCCCAGAAAUUACUCUCAGAAGCCUUGGAAUUAGAGAUGGAUCACCUACUGGUUGAAAAUAUUGAACGGGAAACGUUUCAUCUCUGCUCCCGCCUCAUUAAUGGGCCAUACCGGCGGACGGUGAGAGCCCUGGUCUUCACAUUAAAGCAUCGAGCUGAAAUCCGGGAGCAGGUGAAGAACGGCAUGCUGCCAGUCGGCACGUUUGUACAGACCCACAAAAAGUGA